AUGCUGACGCUGUUCGAUGCCUUUCAAGAUCUUUGCUGCUGCGUGAUCAAUGUGGCGUAUCGACGUGCUCCAGAGCAUCCCUUCCCGACCCCGACCAAUGAUGUGUUUGCGGUGUAUGAUUGGAUUUACGACAAUCAACGGCGUCUGGGAAUCAAUGGGACAAUAUGCCUGGGAGGUACAUCGGCUGGCGCGAGCCUUGCACUCACCACUCUCCUCCAACGCGCAAAUCUGGGUCUUCCAUUGCCAGCGGCGUUGGUCAUGGUUGCUCCGGCUCAACUCGACAACACUUUGACGACGGAGAACUCUUGUGAAUGGAGGCGUAGGCAGUAUGCUCCUUGGACCGGCGUUGAAACGGCGUUGAGUUUCCGCCAGCUGUACCUGCCCGACGGGCCACGGCGGGAGAGUUGGGUACAAAAUCCAAUGAAGGUUCCGGACGAGAUCCUGAGCAAGGUCACUUUACCUCCAACCUUCUGCUUGACCAUGGAAUGCGACAUCUUUUUCGGAGAGGCUGAUGCAUUUUGUGAGCGACUAUACAACAAAAAACAUUUCGUGCGAGAGUUGAUAUACGAGGGUUUGCCUCACAUGGCUUUGUCGAUGGGUCAAGUUUUUCCAGAGGUAUACGACAAGAUGAGAGAUAUAUUCAUGAGAAUAUUCGAUGUGGACAUGCGCGUAUUUGCAGGGCUAUCCUGGCCGCCACAAAAGGCGGCUUUGGCCUAG